CACGCCCCCUCCUCAUACCUGAGACGCGACAGGUACGCGCCGGCGGGUGGGCGUGGCUAUCAACGCAUUGGCAAAUAGUUCAGGAAUCAGUGCCUAACUUCAGGCUAGCGAUCGAAAUGUAUCGGCAGUACUGUGCAGCUUCUCCGUUUUAAAUCGAUAUUAAUCUGCUUCCCAAGGAGGUUGAUACAAAAACGAUGGGUGAGGCACCGACGAGGGAAGACGGUUCAGUGACACGUUCAGCUGAGUAUGUGGGCUCGUUCCCAGUGGAGGACCGCUGUUUGGAUGAGCAGAUUGAACACCUGAACCGACAGUUGAAAGCCCUCAAAACAUGCAGAAUAAGGAGGGGUGUCUCCCUCAAGUUCUCAGUGAAAGGCGUCAAGAUGUACGACGAAGACGAGACGAAGGUCCUGAUGGCUCAUGCCCUACGCAGAGUCUCCUUCUCCACCGCACGCCCCUCGGACUCACAGUUCGCCUUCGUCUCCCACAACCCGGGAAGCGCCAACGCUCAACUCUACUGCCACCUGUUCAAGGCCCGCCACGCCAGAGCGGCCCAGGUAUUGAACCUGUUGCUCUGCCGAUGUUUCCAGCUCUUGUACCUGGAGAAACAUCCGGAGGAGGCCACAGAGGACUCGGUCGGGCCCCUGCCCCGUCGGAACCCCUCUCUGCUGAACCACGGCUUCCCGCUCAGUGUCAGCGCCCUCGUCUCCUUCAGAAGAGCCCCCUUCAGGGGCCUGUUUCCAGGGGCCAGGUCGCGGUCAAAGACCCGCGAGAAGAAGCCGGCCAGCCCUGAGGAGGUCUUCACCGCCUCCCCGUCGCUGGUGCGCAAGAAGGCGAUCCGCAGCAAGGCGCUGCGGUCCGGAGCCUACCGCUCCUUCACCUUCACGCCGCUCAAACAGAGGCACACGCACCAGCGCCUCGCCUCAAUGCAAGGAGGGGAGAAGGAACGCUCUCCAGCGAAGAGAUCUCCCAGCAGCAGCUUGGCCCAAACAGAAGAAGCCUUGGCUGUAGCAGUCUGGUGCUGGGCAGGGAUCAGUCCUGACUCCAGCUCGGCUCUGCUGGAGGACGACGUGCUGGGGUCCUACCUCCUCUGUCCCCACCCCAAGAAACCCCAGAGUGGCUCCCUCCUCAUCCGCCUCCCCUCCGGCCUGGGCACCUACCUCAUAGAAAACACCCGCAACGACAUGUUCCACCUGGAGAAAUGCAAGCGUGAGUUUGUGUCCUUGGCGGUGCUGAUCGAGCACUAUACCCUGAGCCAGGAGGAGCUGGCCUGCCCUCUGAGCUGUGCCCGGGUCAACCACUGCUACGAGUGGGAGGAGGAGGCCGCCGGCAGACCCCUAGCCAAGGGCUCCCCAGCAGGAAGCCACACCCAGGAAAUUAGGCUUUGAAAUCACUGGGGAGAAGAACGAAGCCUAACCCUGCAUUACAAGGUUUUAGUGAAAAUGCAACCCGGGUGUUAAAAUACAGUUCAAUGUCUGAAAGAUUUUGAGCCAUGGAUUAUAAGAUCCAUGAAGAAAAAAAACUAUGAAAUGUAAGAUUAAUUUUGAGAAAUCUUUUUUUAAAUCCUUCGAAAAAACCUCAGACUAGGAAUUAUAUCAUUUUGAAUUUUGAAUAAUUUUGAAAUUUGACUACCCACACUUAUGUAAGCCUAUAUAUUUUAUUUUUAUGGCACUUACUUUUUUUUCAGCACAUUUGGCAUUUCAUGGAGUCAUAACCAAACUGCACUUUCCUGUCUCUUCUUGCUACUAUAUUGGCACUUGUAUGUAGCCUUAUAGUCUCAAGUGAUUUUGUAGACAUUUCAUGUUUUAAAGUUUUUCUUAUAUCUUAUAUAUAUAUUUUUGUAAAAUGUUAUAGGUUGAUCAGUCUUAACAGUUGAAAUAGUUCUCAUAAUGUGACGCUAUGAAUAUGUGUACUAAUUUGCCGUGACAAUGCCCCCUUUCUUUUUUUUAUGUCCUGCUUUCUCUGAACUUUUUUUAAAUAUAUGAUGGAUUUUUGGAGGAGA